CGUUGAAUUUAACGGUCGGUUUGGCAGUGAAAGUGGAAAGAAAGCGGUGCACCGCAUUGAGCUAACGAAUCGUUUUGUGCGCAAAAUUGAAAACAGAAAAAAAACAAAAAAAAGUUAAUACAAAAAAAAAUUAAAGUGAAAUAAUCCUAAAGAUAUAAACAACUUUACCAGGAAUAUAAAUACAAAGAAAAUUGUGCAAGCUGUGACACUCCAAUUAACUAAAUGUAAUCCGCAGUUAAACUAUAAGCAUACAUUAAGUUCGAGUUGGAUUCUUGGGAGUCUUCAAGUUUUCUGCUCACAUCCGGCAACAGCAGCUGGACCCACACACACAGUACUAUCCAGCCAUUUAUGAGAGUGCGAACUGAAAGAAAUUACUCUAGCCAAAUGGAUUUCGUCUAAACGAAUCGCAAAAAAAUAAAGCAAGACCGAUAAUUAAAAGGCGGAAAUCGAAAUGAAUAAACAAUCGAUUGAUUGUCGGCAAAAUGUGCAAAUCCGUGGAGUGCAAAUCAAAAGCAAACUCGAGUGAAAGUGAAAAAUUGAGGCCCCAAGAAAAUUAUUAAUUACCGCAGUGCUUGUUAGCGGAACAUAGCCCAAGAGGCAGACAUUUUGUUUAUGAGCCAAUUUGCCAGCCCCACCCAAGCCCCGUCAAACUGAAGCGAGGAGAGACAUCUACAAUUUGCAUAUUCCACAGCAUCCCACUCCCAGUCGAACCCCACAACCACUACCCCUUAUAUCCGUACAUACACACGUACAGAACAGACAGCGCGGCGUGUGAAGCUGAAGUGUUUAUUAAAUAGUCUUCCCGCAAAUGUUGGGCGUCUUCUGAGCGAAAGACAGUGCCUGCCCCCUCCACCGCCAGCUCACGAGUUACUCCCCAUCAUGUUGGAGCUGCAACUGCGCAAAGAUUUGUCAGCGGACUCGGCCGAUAUCCACAAAAUGAGACACCAGAAGGCAUUGGAUACGGCCCAUAGACAGCACCGCCGGAGACGCGAGCCAAACUACGGGGCCUUCCAGACGCGUCUCUGCCUUGUGCUGCUCGCCGUCCUGCUGUUGAGCAUGGAGCUCGUGGAGUGCGCGCUGCGCAAUGUCAAUUUAAUCAUUGAACCACCGGCGGUGCGACGGGGCCAGCACGUGGUGCUGCGCUGCAUGUACGACCUGGACGGGGCACCGCUCUAUUCGGCGAAGUUCUAUCGCGGUCAAUUGGAGUUUUACCGCUACACGCCCGGUGAAUUUCCCAAUACGAAAGUGUUUCCAUUUCCUGGCAUUCAUGUCGAUGUUACCAGCUCGAAUGCCACCCAGGUGCUCAUACGCAAUGUUGGCUUCGGCCUCUCUGGAAACUUUUCAUGCGAAGUCACCGCCGACGCCCCACUUUUCUCGACAGCUACAGCAGUGGACACCAUGCAAGUUGUCGAGCUGCCCGAGAAGCGUCCCCAGCUGUCCACGGAGCACACGCGCUACGAGCCCGGCGACGUUCUGCGAGCAAACUGCAGCACUCCACCCUCUCGCCCGCGGGCCGAGCUCACGUUCACAAUCAACAACAUGGUGAUAACCAAUGUGGAGACCCAGUACAUACGAACCAUCGAUAAUCUGAUUGCCUCCCGCAUCUCCGUGAAGCUCCAGCUGCAGGGCGUGCACUUCUCCAGCGUCAAUCCGGCCAUCUACAAUGGCGUGUACGGGUUGAACUCUGUCUACGGCCACGGCGCGCCCGUCUACGCACCCAAUCCCAAUCCGGGCGGCCUGCUGCUGCGCUGCUCGGCACAAAUCGGCGACCUGUAUCAGGAGUACAAGGAAAUUGAAUUGGGCACUCCGCAAAAGGAUCCGAUACCGGCACGAGUUACGCUCUCAUCCGACACGAGCCUGACGAGCUUUUUCAGUUCGUAUUUCUCGACAUCGUCCUCCUCGCCCUCGCCCCGACCUAGUCCCAGCGUCUGCGUGGCGCCCCUCGUAAUGGGCGCCCUGGCAGCUCUGAUUAUUAGCUCCCUGCUGGGCCAUGGGCUAAUUGUCGGUGGCCAGAACGAGCACCCGGCUCCCGACACCCGCGAGGAAGCUGCAGCUGCAGCUGCAACGGCACCAGCAGCGGCCACCACAUUGAUGACACAUUCCAAGGAGCAGCCGCGUCCCCUUCUGUCCAGCUGCGGCGCCUCCAAGGCGCACAGGCAGCGUCUGGCCGGGCCAGUAGUACGGACGGGCAAGGCCUAAGCGAGUCCUGUCCGCCAUGGGCAUGGGCAUGGUCAUGUGUUACCGGUUACCAGUUAGUUAAAUCCUUAAGUACGAGUAAUUCAAGAUAUUUUUUAUGCAAGCCUGAGUUGCGUUUGUCGUUCGGUUCGAUGAUCUUCAUUUGAUGACUGCUUUUCAUUCUCAUUUCAUUGCCCCGCACUUUGAGAUGUGGUGUCUACUAGCGAGCUAAAAGAUAACAAAACAAAACAAACCCGAAACCAAAAUCCAAAAACAAACUAGAGUUAAGCGAAAAUUUAUAAACUAGCCUAGUCUUAAAACCCAAACGGCAAGAUAAACCAGAGCAGAGUCUAUAGCCCAUAGAGGAAAGAGCUGGGUGAACUCCACGGCCUGGCCUGGCACUCCUGUUCUGUGGUCCACAGAACAUACACAAUCCGUACAUAAAUGUUUACACGAAACCCAUGGAAAAUCCAAAGAUAACUUAAAGAAAAUCGAGAACCCAAUGAAGAAUACGAAAAUAUGCAGAGUACGUAAAAUUACUGAAUCUACUUUAAAUGUGAAAAAUACAACAGAAACAGAAAUACAUACAUACAUGUACGAACGAAUGAGAAAAAUGGAAUACCAAAAAACAAAGAACAAAGAACAAAGAA